AUGGAGCGGAGGAAGGCACAAGAAAUUAUAGACGGGAUACAGGCAAGUGACCCCAAGACGAGGCUGAAGCACAUGAAGGAGAUAAAAACUUUAUGUGAAAUUUUAGGAAUGGAAAGAACAAAAAAUGAAGUCAUCGAAUUUUUAUACAACAUAGUAGAGGACGAUUCAGAUGUCCUCUUCGAACUCUCCAAUAAUUUAGUUACGAUAACAAAUUUUUUAAAUGAUGUAAAUAACUGUAGUUCUCUAUGUGACUUAAUCCUACAUUUCAUUGUUACGUACGAAAAGGAAAUAAAUGUGAACGCCUUUUUUGCCUUUAAUAAUUAUUUACAAAAAUGUAACUGUAGUACACUGCUAAAUAUUAUAUGCCCGAAAAUAGUGAAUGUGGCUAGUAGCGAUAGUGAUAACUACCGAAUAGGAGUUAGCAAAAUUCUUCCAAUAAUAAUUGAGAGGUGCAUUAAGGAAGGGCAACCAAAAUACAUGAAGACAUUCAUCCAGAUGUUCUUAGAAUUGUGUCAAGACCAAAGCAUAUUGGUAAGGAAAUCCUGCUGUGAAACUUUCUGUUCCUUCAUUUUUAUUUUAAAAAAAUAUAAGGAACUUAGCCAGAAUUGUACGUACCUUUCAGCGAAAGGGGAAGAAGAGAAGGGGAAGGCACUUCCUGAGGAUGAGACUGUUGGAAGGGCCCAGGAAUAUGCACUUCAAAUUGGUGUGAAUAAUGAGGCAGAUUGGAAAGGGGGGACAGUCAAUGCGGAUAGGAAGGGCCAGAUAGAUGGGAAACGCCUAAACGGGGAGGAAGUGAAUAAUGUGGUGAGCACCCAUAGGAUCCUAGAAAGCGGAACAAGUGGAAACACACCAAAUGGAGACGAAAAGAAGGAAAGAAAAAAUGUCCAAGAGGAAAUUAUAGCCUUAAAAACGAAUGAAAAACGAAAAAUAUUUGUAGAGAAACUGUGGGAAGGAGCGAAGGAAAUAUAUAGAAGUUUUUUUUCCCCCAUCAAUGGAAUGGACGAAGUACAAAUAAGUGCAGUAUCCAUAUUAGCAGAUAUCCUAACAUGUGAUCCCCAUUUUGUAAAAAAUUUAGAAGAAACGUUAAGGAAUAUCUGUAAUGACGAAAGCUGGAGAGUAAGAGCCGUUUUAGCAAAUAACAUUCACAGAAUUUUAAAAGUACGAAAGAGUGAUGACAUAUCUAUAGUGAUUCUCUUACUUCUGAAAGAUGUAGAUAGUAAUGUUCGUAGCAUUGUGCUAAAUAAUUUAGACAAUAUUUUAGUGCAUUCAAAAAUUAGUGUAAAUAUAAUGGAUGAAAUUUUUGAUGAUUUGAAGAGAGACAUUGAUAGUAAUAAUGUGCAUCUGAAAAUUUCUCUAUGUAAAUUGUUAUGUUCUUUACCAGAUAUAUUGGACAAAAAUGGAUCCAUAGAAUAUAUUUUACCAUUAUUUUUGUUAUUUAUAAGGAUAGAAGAAAGUGACUUGAAGUCUGAUUUGUUCACUUGCUUGCACAAAAUUUCAAAACUUAUUUCCUUUUUCGAUAUGAAACAAAUUAUUAUGCCACUGUGUCAAGAAAUUGUUAAAAGUAAGAAUUGGAGAUUAAGGUGUACAUUAUAUCAUUAUUUAAAAUUUUUUGAUCACUUUUUUUUUUAUCAAAAUAAGGAGAAUUUUUCUUCAAACUAUGGCGAUUUCUGGAACUUUAUAAAUAUCGGGGCUAAAGACAUGGUGUACUCCAUCCGAAUGGAAGUAGUAAACACCUUGCACUUUUUAAUAAAAGCCAAGAGUUUCUCCUUUUUUGAAAAAGGAAUUACAUACCUGUUAAGUGAUCUUAAAGAAUCUAGUAGGCACAUCUGCAGAAUUACCUGUCUGCAAUACAUUUCCAGACUGGUCGUUUAUUUUCCCCUGCACUAUAUAGAAAAUAAAGUGCUAUCCAUUUUGGAAGAUUUGAACAAUGACAAAAUAAGUAACGUUCGCUACAACAUAGUUAAGACCAUUUAUUAUGUGAAAAAUUACGUCAAGUAUGUUUUGUCUGUCAUCAUGAGUGACACGUAUAACACGCUGAUGGAUAAAAUCACAAAAAUGGUGGAAAGGAGGAACAGGGAGAAUGAGGAAAGUGAAAAAGUAUCCUCAGGUGAGGGGAUCCAAGUCCCUACUUCAAAUGCAAAGUUGAAUAUAAAUCUGCAUUCCACUUUAGGCGCAAACGUAGACGUAGAGACGGAUGACAAUAGUGAACAUGAUAUGCAGAAUUUUAUGUCGAAAAAACCAAGUGGAAACGGUACUGGCUACUUUCACCUCUUGGAGAAUAAGCAAUGUCUCCUAAAGGAUCAGAUUAAGAGGAAGAAAUAUUCCUUUUUAAUCAACUCAUGUGCAGUUUCGUCUCUUACGUUUUACGACAAUAUGAAGAAUACGGAGACGAAUAAGCUCUGUUGUGAACGAAUUUUGAGUUUCCUUUCGGAGAAAAUUAAUUCCCUGGGAGCCGACAAGGACGCGGAUGUGUCUACGGCAUCCAAAUCUUUGAAGAACGACGACUUUUUUUACUACGUAAGUUCCGUAAACACGUUCAGUGCUGUGUGCAAGCCAAUCAAAUGA